AUGCCUCCAUUACCCCCAAAGGCCUCUCAGAAGAGUUCCGAAGACGGCGAGAAGCACAGCAGCAGAAGGGCGCGCCCCAAGCGAGCCCCGAACCGCAAUCUAGAGAACAAGAUCUAUGGCGCGCCCGUAUCGGAAGAAGACAGGAAGCGCAUGGCGACGAAGAAAUACCCCAAUAUGAUGAGUCCAGAGGGCACAUUUUCGCAUUGGUUCCUACACAACCGGGCCAUUCAUCUAUGGAUCACAAUGGGCAUACUCGUCUCCCUCGCAAUAGCAGCAUGGUACAUGGACUUCAUCUCCAAGACUGUCUUUGGCCACUUGCUUCCCACGCGCAAAGAUUUCCUGCGCCACCCUUUCGAAUCCUCGUCGCGCUUCAUUGAAGUCUACAAGAUGCACAUGGAACAGACAUCGCAGCAGUACCAGCAGCAGAGGCUGAAGAAGGCAGAGGAGGUUGAGAAGAGGAAGCAGUUCAGAUUGGAAAGAAAGAAGGAGGCUGAGGAGAGGGGAGAGGAAUAUGUUGAGGACCCGAGGUAUUAUAUUGGUGAGGAUGGUAUCAGGAGGAGGAGGGUUAAGAAAUGGUUCGGCAUUUGGGAGUGA